AGUUCUUUCGCAGCGCCUGAGGAGGAAGAGCAGGAUCAGCUGAACUACAGAAGAAAUGAAAAUGUUCUCCUAAAAUUCAUCACCAACAAAAAGGAUAUUUAACUAAGAGGAAUGUUAAACUGCUGACAGAGGUGAAGCACAAGCCAUCCUGAAGAAUCUCCAGAACACGCAGAAAUUGUUUGAUACAUUUAACAGACAAAUGAAGCCAAGUCCCAAAAUGGAGAAACAGCAGAACUCUGUCAAGAGUUUUACUAAACAGAGUAAUCUCAAAAAACACCAGCGCAUUCACACAGGAGAGAAAUCGUAUCACUGCUCAGACUGUGGGAAGAUUUUUACUAAACAAAGUAAUCUCAAAAUACAUCAGCGCAUUCACACAGGAGAGAAACCGUAUCACUGCUCAGACUGUGGGAAGAGUUUUAAUCAAGGCAGUCAUCUCCAACAACACCAGCGCAUUCACACAGGAGAGAAACCGUAUCACUGCUCAGACUGUGGGAAGAGAUUUAUUGAACAGAGUACUCUCAAACGACACCAGCGCAUUCACACAGGAGAGAAACCGUAUUACUGCACAGACUGUGGGAAGAGUUUUAAUACACUGGGGACUCUAAAACUGCACCAGCGCAUUCACACAGGAGAGAAACCGUAUUACUGCUCAGACUGUGGGAAGAGUUUUAAUAGACUGGAGACUCUAAAACUGCACCAGCGCAUUCACACAGGAGAGAAACCGUAUUACUGCUCAGACUGUGGGAGGAAUUUUAAUCAUCAGAGUAAUCUCAAAAAACACCGGCGCAUUCACACAGGAGAGAAACCGCAUCAUUGCUCAGACUGUGGGAAGAGUUUUACUACACAGAGUACUCUCAAUAAUCACCAGCGCAUUCACACAGGAGAGAAACCAUAUUACUGCUCAGACUGUGGGAAGAGUUUUACUAAACAGAGUACUCUCAAUAAUCACCAGCGCAUUCACACAGGAGAGAAACCAUAUUACUGCUCAGACUGUGGGAAGAGUUUUACUAAACAGAGUACUCUCAAUAAUCACCAGCGCAUUCACACAGGAGAGAAACCAUAUUACUGCUCAGACUGUGGGAAGAGUUUUACUACACAGAGUGAUCUCAAACGACACCAGCGAAUUCACACAAGAGAAAAAACUAUCCCACAUUUGUCCCACAGCAAUUAAAAGUGCAAAUCGUAAAUCUUUCAGACAGAACACCUUAUCCUACACAAAUGUUUCACUCUGUUACUUGGGACACGUUCCACCAAAAACAAACAUGAACUAAAUUUAAUCAUGGAUUUUACAGGUUCAGCAAAAUGAAUCUUAACCAGGGAUGAUGUUUAUUGAAUUCCAUGUUGUGUUUUCUCGUAUGUUUAAUAUUCCAGGACAUUCUUUGUGAGACAGAGUUCAGUUCUGAAGAAGGAGAGGUAUUUUGGGUUUGAGUGAUGGACACUGAGAGCUCCCAAAAGUGAGACCCAGAGCCACAGAGAGACGACACUGUGCCGGGUGGACCGGAGGAGCAUCCAGACCCUGCAGAGAGGCCAACAAAAUCCUUUCCAGAGGUUAAAUAAAAUGGUCAGCUGUAGUUCCCAUACUGAAAUCAACCCACUCCAGGUUUGUGUAGCGCAGUAAGGUUGCAGGCUCAUUCACUCCCUCUGAUGGUGUUCUCGUUUGUCUAUGGUUCAGUCGUUCUGAUUAAAAAUCUGUUACCAUAGAGAGAUAUAGAUGGAUAUUUGGUCGUUGUAUUACUCAAGUUUUAUACUCGCUUAUCUUUUUCUUAUUGAAUAUUAUAUGUUGCUGAAGUUUUUUAAAUCUACAAAUUUACUAAGAAUAUCCAAAUCAUGUGGUUUUUAAUUGUUUUUAUCCACUGCAAACUAUUAUCUUUGUAUGGCUUAACCUCUAUAUUUACUCAUCUGUUUGUUUUAAUAAACGGCUUUUAUAUUGCAGAUCUGCAAUCUCAUUGUGUUUUCUCAACAUAUGUUUGACAUGAAACCUAUUGGCCUGAGAUUGUCUAAUGUUAUUAUUUGUUGAAUACUCAAAGGUGCCCAACGGAGAAAUCCAGUGUGAAAUGUAUUUGUGUUGAAUUGAAACAUAGUCAAUUUCAGAUUGAAAUUCAGAGAGAAAUAUUUUUUUAAAUGGUUCAGGCUUAAAAGGGUUAAAUAUACAUUUACUUCCAAAGGUAGAGUAGCAUGUGUUUAACUUGUAUUCUG